AACGUUCCUUCAUUGGGAACAACGGCUGCAAGACUUGAAAUCAGUGGCCAUCUAAAAAAUUAGAAGAAGAAGAUCUCAGCUGAUUCUUGAGCUUCGUAACACCGGCUGCAAUUAUUUCCCAGAAAAUAGAAUUUAUCGAGCUUCUAUGCGUUUUCUGUUGAGAUAAGUCGUGAAAAAAUUCCAUCGUAUUGAAAUUCAUUCUUUUGUACUGUAAGUUCUUUUCUCUUGGAGUGAUUCAUCAUGAUAAUACUCAGAGGGAUUGACACGUCUAUUUUUUCAACGAAAAUCAGGAAAAGAUUUGCUCUUCGGUUGAGUAAUUAUAUUAGAGGGUCAUCCAUAAUGUCAUUUAAAGAGGAAAAGGAAAAAUACUUGAAAAUGUCGAGAGAGGAAAAGAUGCAGCAUUAUAAAUCGGAUAUCACAACAUUGGAGCAGAUCCUGACUCUCCCUAAUUAUUUCCAGAAGAAUAAAGGGGUUAGAGUAUCUUCUGAUCUAGCAAAUAAAUUAUCAAUAUGGCAGGGGGACAUAACAUCUUUGGAAAUCGACGCAAUUGUCAAUGCCGCGAAUUCGAGCCUGAUGGGAGGUGGAGGAGUGGACGGAGCGAUUCACAGGGCAGCUGGACCGAAUCUCAAGAAAGAAUGUGCUACACUGAAUGGUUGUUCGGUUGGAGAAGCUAAAAUCACUGGAGGAUAUAAACUGCCAGCUAAACAUAUCAUUCACACGGUUGGACCUCGAGGAGAAAAACCAGAGAAAUUGAGAGAGUGUUAUCGUAAUUGUCUGCAAUUGGCUACAGAUAAUGGCUUGAAGACCAUCGCCUUUCCUUGUAUAUCGACUGGAGUCUAUGGAUAUCCUCAGAAACCAGCUGCUGAAAUCGCCAUCAACACCGUCAAAACUUUCCUCGAAGAAAAUCGAGAGAAGGUCGAUCGCGUGAUAUUCUGUCUCUUCCUGCAGACAGACAAAGACAUAUACGAGGAAUUGCUCCAGACCUAGGCUACGCUAUUGGAAUUAUUUUCAAUGUAAAUUUCUCGAUGUAAAAUAAAUCGGGAGAUUUUUUCUCAGAAAAUAAAUCAUUUGU